UCAUCAUUUGGCAGGUUUUCCAACUACACAGUCGCUCUUCGGUCAAUCCUUGCGGCUAUUACAUUUCUAACUGGACAUUGGAAGUAUAUAUCAGGUGUCAGGAGUUCAUUGAGUACAGUUCGGAGUGAUUGCUUUUGGACACACAGGACAUGCUAAACGGGGGUGAGGAGGUUAUUUUAGACGGCUUACAAGAGAUUUAUCACCACAAAUUCUAUGGAGGAACAACCGUGUAUAGAGAACGGAAUAAAAAAGCCGGUCGUUUCCAAGACAAAACGUGCCCGAGUCCGGAUGGAAGGCCCGGACGGCGGUUGGGCAUGGGUCGUGGCAUUCUCCGCCUGCAUCAUCAGCUUCAUAAUUGCCGGACUAGGCAGAAUGUCCGGCAUCUUAUAUGUGGCCUUCAUAGAAACGUUCGGAGCUGAUAGGAAAGCUGCUUCCACGCCUUUUAGUGUGCGUUCAUCCACAAGAAAUCUUCUUGGUCCAAUUGUUGGUAUUUUGGGCCAGAAAUAUGGCGUUAGGGCAGUCACCAUAACAGGUGGAGUCCUUUCAACUGUAAGCGCCGCCAUCUGUUUCUUUGCACCGGAUAUCAUCUGGAUCACCAUCCUUUGGGGCGUGCUGAAUGGCAUAGGAACCGCUCUAACGGUCACGUUACCACAAGUAGUGAUUGGACAGUAUUUUGUUAAACAUGCCACCACCGCUUCUGGAUUGGCGUUUUCUGGAGGAUGCGUUGGAUCAUUUUUGUUUCCAGUGCUUUUGGAACAGCUGCUCUGGAUCUAUGGGAUGCAAGGCACCUUCCUGAUUAUAGGUGCAAUUAUUAUGCACACUAUACCGGCAGCCAUGAUACUAAGAAAACCCCCAUGGCUGAAAAAGCCCCAAAAUAGUAAGGAAACAGAAUUCAAAAAAUCAUUAAAGAGAAAAUCUGUAAACGAAAAAUCAUCAAAUAUGAAUGGUGAAAAUGAAAAAUUAUUUUUGCAAAAUGGUGACUUACCGAAAAAGGAUAUUGUUAAGAAAUGCUCUGAGAGUUUUCCAGAUAUUCAGUUCCUAAAACAAAAUAAAGAACUGGUGUUGGAAAUACUUACAACACAGGUUGCUGGAGAUAAUUUUUAUUUAGAAAUUAACCGGAAUGAGCCUGUACCUUCAUCUGAUAUUUAUUUAAAUCAUUUGGAAGAUAUUUAUAAUUGCCUUCAGAAUUCUAGAGAAAAAUGGCAGUUUUAUCAAAAUUUAAAACUUUCUAAAAUCAGACUUUACUGUGAUAUGCUUGAUGUAAAGGAUGAUGGCAAUUCAACUUACAAUCAUAAAAGCCAAAGUUUCCAGCUGGGGAAAUGUUUGGAUUUUGACACAAGUGACUUAAUGAAAACGAGCUCUGUACCUGACAUUACAGACAAAAAAAUAAAAGAAUUCGAUCAAAAUUCCCUUCUAAUGAAGCUGAAAUAUAUUAAGGAUGCACAAUCAGAUAUUUUAUCUACUUUAUCCCAAGAAAAGAAAACCGAUGCAACGAAAGUCAUACAAGAGCUUCAAAAGCUUUACAAUGCUUAUACAAUUUUGAGUAGCUACGAAAAGAAAAGAUCCGAAAAGAAACAAGUCAGUGUCUUGAGAGAAGCAGUAUCUUCUUUGGAAACCAUUGCUGUCAAAGAAGAAGAUUUACGUUCUAACUCCUUUCUAACACACAUUAUUACUGCAAUGAAAAUUUACAAGAAACCCUUGUUCCUCCUUAUAUGCCUUUGCCGUGCCGUCCACUUCAUAACCUUCGUUCCCGUUAUAACCGCUGUUGUCGACUUCAUAAUGGAUAAAGGCCUUGUUGAAGCAGAUGGCAAAUAUGCCAUUGCUGCCCUUUCUUUGGGUGACUUGCUCGGGCGACUGUGUCUUGGAUGGAUUACUGAUCGUGGCUACCUGUCUUUGCCGAGGUACAUGCUGGUCAUCAUGAUUCUCCAGGGCAUCUGCACUGCUUCCUUGGCUUGGAUGAAUUCGAAAGCCACGUUGUUUAUCAUGCUGGCUGUAUUUGGUAUGUUUCAAGGUUCCCUCUUUGUCCGCCACAAUGUGUUAGUAUCAAAAUAUUUUGAGCGACAUGAACAAUCUAUUGCAAUGGGCUGCAUGAAUUUCUUCUCAGGUCUUCUGGGAUUUGCACUACCAGCAUAUAUAGGAUAUUUUAGGGAUACUAUUGGAAGCUACGAUUACAUAAUGUACAUAAAUGGUGCCAUUGGGAUUUUCGUUGGACUUCUAUGGGCCCUUGAACCAUAUUUCCAACAAAAGUUUCAAAACAAGUCUGAGCCGGUUGCAGUUUGAAGAGUAGAAAUGAUUAUUUAUGCUUCUGAAUUAUGACCAUCAGCUCGCUGUAAUUUCAUUCCGAGCAGUAGGAUUUUGAAACAAAAUGUUGCAGCAAAAGGAAACAAAGUGUUCUGGACCGUUCCUUUACAUUUUGAUCGCUUAAGGUGUUAACAGUUACAUAUUUUUUUCAUGUAAAAUGUGAAAGUAAUGCUUCUUUUGAUUUAAAAAUUGAUCUCUUCAAAGAUGUUUGCUCUGUAAUUAAUUACUGAGUUUCUGCUAAAAAGAGAGAUAUUUGUACAAAAGUUGAAUUAAAAUAUUUAAUAAUUUUCUUCUCGGAGAUUUAAGCAUUUUAACAAAAAAUCUGGUGAAAAAAACUUAUACUAGAUAUGGGUUUCUACUAGAACGUUACUUUAGUUUUCAUAAUAUGUUUUUAUAGCUUUCAAAUUUUUUCAAACAUAAAAAAAGAAUAAUUCACACUCUUAAUUUUUAUUAAAUGUGAAUUAUUUUUUAUGGAAUUUGUAAAUAAAUUUAAUCGGAUUUUGAAUGCUUUUAAUAAUUUCAAAACUUUUAUUACCUGUACAUUCUAGACUGAAUGUUUUCGAUUUAAAAUUGAACAUAAUAUUGACAAAACAAUUUUGAGAGAGUCAUCCGCUUUAAGUAAAAAAAAAAAAUGUGAUAUCCCAGAUUUAUAAGGAAGAAUAAAAUAUUGUGUAUCUUAUAUUUCAAAUGAUUAAAAGUUUUGAAGUCUAGAUGUAAGUUAAAAUACAGUGAAGAAAUUUUGGAUGAUUUGUGUAUGAUAAAAUCUCUUCUAUGUGUGCAUAAAUUAUACAGUUUUCAACAUACUUUUUAGCAUAAAAUAAUCUGUUUAUAGUAUUAUUAUUUAUUCAGAUUCUUUUCAGAACACAGUCUUUUAAAAUCAUUACAAAAAUUUUAUAUUUUAAAAUUAUUUUGAAGCUGAAAAAAUUGUGAAAAUAAAUUACAAUCGAGUGUAGAUCAUAAUUUUUAUUGUAUAUUUGAUAUUGUAUACAGAUCAAAGAAUUUCUGAUCUUUUAAGAUCAUAAAUUAUUACUAAAUAUGUAAGCAAUAUUUGUCUUACUGUGUUAUUUUUAGUUGAAAUUGUAUUAUGCAUUUGUGAGUGUCUCAAGAUAAAUCUGUGAUAGCUUUUAUAAUAUUUCUUUGGUAGGAUUAAAAACAUUCAUUACAUUUAAUGUCAUUAUGUUUUAGGUUCAUAAUGCUUAAAAUGUUUUUAUGUCAUUUAUAUUAUAAAAAAUGACAUUCGCAUGAUAUUUAUGCUUUUAUUUAUCCUUUGCAUUGGAAAAAAUAUUUGCAUCAGUUUUUUUCAGUUUCAUCUAAGCGUUACAAUUUUAGAAGUGUACUCUCAAUUUUUAAAAGUUUCAUUUAGAAAUGUCAUAAUAGUAUUCUUUUAAUUAAGUUGUUUGCUAAUUUAUUUAUUAAGGAUGACUGAUCAACCUGAAAUUUAUUUUUGUUUUCUGUUAACGAUUAAGUUAUGUAUUCAUUGUUUCCUUACGAUUUUAUGAAUAGAUGGACCACUGUUUAUACUUAGCAAUUCUGUGAAGUGCAUGAAAUUGAGAAACUUGAGAAGCACUGAUAUUUAUCAGUGAUGCUGGAUUUUUUUUGUAUUUUUCGAUAUAAAAUCAUAAGGGAUUUUAGUAAGACAUAAAAACAGGGUGUGUGUUCUCACCAAGAUGGCAAAACCGUGCCAAACAUUCAAAUUUAAGCCAAAACUUACUAUUUUGAUGGCCACAAGAAAUGGAAGCAAAUGCUAUAAGAUUUGCACUAAUAAAUAUCACGGUUACUACAUUUGCGAGAAAUGCUCAAACAUUUUCAAAUUUGACGAUCACACCCUAUUUUUAUGUCGAGCCGUUAUUUUUUUGCGAAAUAAUAUUAUCUAGAUAAUAAUAUUAAUAAUAAAUAAAAUGUGAUGAAUAAAAAUUUUCAUUGAUAAUAUCUAUGGAUACACUAAAUGAGUCUUCUGCUGUGAUUUGUAUUAAUGAAUGAUGGAGAGUAUUAGUCGAUGUAUAUAAAACUUCUGUUUGUAUUUCUUAAUGCUAGGUGAAAGUAUUAUUUUCAUAAAGAGCAUUUUAGUUUCAUAAUGUGUGUUAUUCAUUUAUAACAUUGGAAAUGUACAUUGCUUUUUUUAAUUUAUAUAUAUUUUUAAAAUUAAAUAUUUAUAUAAAAGAAUUCUCUCAAUACACGAAGAAAGAAGCGCUUACUUCAAAUAUAUCCGCAGAUGACAAAAGACUUUACUUUCAUGCAAUAAAAAUUUACAUCUACAAUAAUUAUUUUUAUCUGACUUUCAAACAGAUUUUUUAUUGAAACGAGAAAGCGUUUUGAAUGAUAUAGCAGUCCACGUUUUCUUCAAUCUUAAAAACGAGUAAAGAAAAACAGAAUAUUUAAAAAUUUUAAUAAUCAAAAUGACAAGUAUGUGAUAUGAGAAAAAAAUUGGAAACAUUUAAGAUUAAGUUGUGUCUCUCCAAGUAUGUCAAAAUCUUGCUAAUUGCUCAAAACUCCGCCAUAUUGAAUGGCUACCAAGAGUGGUGAUAGCUUUUAGAGUUGCAACAAAUAAUUGUCAGUAUCACAUUUGGCGGGAAAUCACCCUGAAAUAAAUCACCUUUGGAAACCGUACUUAAUCUUAAGUCUAACUAAAAAUGUAUAUAUUUUACUUGUAAAUGGAUUUAAAAUCAAAACAUUUAUUUUAAUGAAAAUAGUAACAAUUUAUGAUUAAUUCUGUAAUUAAAGUUUAAGAAAAUUUAUUUUAAAUCGAAAUUAUUACCCGAUUUUUAAAAGCAGUAACAUUUCCAAUGUUAUUUAUUCAGUAUGUGCAUUGAAGUAUUAAUGUGCUGUAUUUUAGUAUGUGUUGAGCAUAUAGGAUGUCUUUUAGCUGCUGUGCAGCUAACUUUUAUAUUAUUUAUAAAAAUGAAAAACGUUCUAAAUUUGGAAGAAUUAGGAUGGAAAUUUUCGAAUUAUAAUCUUUACUGAAUUAUACCGAUAUCAACGUUGUAAAAAAUCUCGAUUUGUAUUCAUUAUCUAUAAUGUAAUCAUUUAUACAUUUUGUAAUUACUAUUUAAUGGGUCAACUUUUAUAAUACUUUAUCAUUUAUGAAAACUUUUUACAAAAUGUGAAUGAUAAACUAAAAAUCAGUAAAAACAGAACCGAUCUAUAAACAUUUGGAGAUUUUCUAUAAUAAACGUACAGCCCUUCAAAUUCGUAUUUAAUUUCAAAGUUAGCCAAAAAGUGCUUUUUAUUUCUUAAAAUAUUAAAAAUUUAUUGAUUUGCAGAUUACUUAAAAUAUUAAAAAUUUACUGAUUUAUGUUACAUGGUAAAAGAUAAUGUUAAUAUAUAUCAUUUUAUAAAAAACAAAAAAAUGGAAAUUUAAUACAAUUAUAUUUAAGAAAUACGAUUUCCAAUUAUUUGUAUAAAAAUAAUGGAAAUAAUCCUCAUUAAUUAUUCUAAAAAAAGCAACUACAAAAUUUACUAGCUAUUGGCUACAUAUUACUAAAAUAUUAGAGGAUUGAUUUAUCCUGCACAGUUGUUGUUUAAUUAACUGCAUAAAUAGUUACAAAGAACUCGUUUCGAAAACCAAGUACGUAAUAUUUUAAAAUCUAUUUGAUAGAAUUUAUUUUGUAGAAGAAUAUAUUAGAUUAUGAUUGGGACUCAAUAUUCCAAAGAUGGUGAAAUCAAGUGAUAUUAUUAGCAAUUUAUUUUUAGCAAUCAAUGUCGAAGUUUUCUAUUUUAGUAAGGAUAUUGAUGAAAAUAUCAAUUGUAUCGAAUAGAAAUACUUUUGAGAUAGCUUUAAUAAAUAUUUUGUUUCUGUUC